AGCCACUGAUGAUGAUUCUGGGAAAUGUCUUUCCAAUAUAGCGUGUUUGUCCGAGAUCAUAAGCUCUCCAUCAUGACCGUAACUGUGGAAUCGAAUCAAAAGCACAUUCUACUUUCAAUGUCUUCCCCGCGAUUUGUUCCUGCAGUGAGUGGAGCCGCGAGUCUCGGGUUGCCAAGUCCCAGCGCAAGUUCGUAGCAACUCCAAUUCCAAGUCGACUGCAGUCUGUAGAGAUACCUCGAUACAGCACGUUUGAUUGCGACAGACGAAGCCAUGGCACCCUCACCACAAGAACUGUCCCUCCUUCUGGACCCUUUGGUUCCUGAAUCCCUCACGCACAACACAAGAACGCUCUCCAACAUCCGCUCAAUAUCAGGUCUCCUCCUAGGUAUUGCCGCAGGCAUAUUAGGUCUCGAAUCAUUAUACGGCUUCGGCUUCUACCUCGCCUCGAAUUUGCUACUAUCAGGCCUGUUUUAUUUCUUGCUCGCGGGCGCAAAUCCGCAGAAGUACUUUGCUGGGUCGGCCGGGACGAGAGGCCUCAAUAACGAGGAAGGAAAGGGCCGGAGUCAGGGUGCAGGCGCGUGGAGGGAGAUAUGGCUUGGUGGCGGGCUGUUUUCGGAGGCGUUGAGUGGGUUUGUCCUGGGGUGGGCGGGGGUGGGUGGUGUUAUACGAUGAUGCGGCGAGCGGAGUGAGCUGAGUGAGAAGCCGGUUGGGCAUUUGAGAGAAAGAGAAAGAGGACGGAGCUUGAGCAAGCUUUGGCGGAGACAAUGAGAACAGUGCCAUGCGGAGCUGGGUCUCCAAUACUGCUGACUGCGUGCAUAUGGUCGUUUCAAUGCCAAUGCUGGAGUAAGGCAUCGGAAGUCACAUGCCGUAGAGGCUCACGUCAAAGAAAGGAGAUACUGUGAGCAUUUCGUCAAUGCAAUGGAACGCUCUGUAACGCCAUUCCGAUACGCAGUCAUGGACGAGCACGCCUGAGCACGCCAAAAUAUUUGCCAUGUCAUGUCUGGCUGGAAGGAAAGGGUGAA